AUGGCGACUCCCGAGCUAGCAAUAGCCAAAGCCUCCUUCAGCGCUCUCCUCUUCCGCAAGGAACCCGUCUCCCUCACCCGCCCCGAGAUCGAGACCUUCCACACGCUUCUCCACGACGCGAUACACCAGUGCUCGCCCGCCAACGUUCAGAAAUGCAAGCGAUGGAUCCUCAAGAACCUGGCCCCCUCGCCGGCGCGCGUCGCCGCCCUCGGCAAAUACCUAGCAGCGCUCUCCAAGUCUUUCCCCUCCGGCGGCGACAACUCCUCCGCUAAGAAGACGAAGCCUUCCUCCCGGCGCAAGCGUCUACACGUCUUGUACAUCCUCAACGACGUCCUCUACCACGCCGUCGUGCGGGACCGGGACGCCCGCCUCACGACAGAGCUGCAGCCCAGCCUGACGCCGCUCUUCCAUAGCGCCGCGAGCUUCCACAACUGCCCCAAGCAUGUGCGCAAACUGGAAGAUCUUCUUGGGCUCUGGAAUAAGCAGAGGUACUUCUCGGCGGAAACGAUCGACGAGCUACGGGAGACGGUCAAGGAAGCCCCUCACGGCGGCAAAGUGUCCAAGGCCGAGGGCCAGGGUGCGCAUGAUCAGACGGGGUCGAAUCUGGCGGUCAAACCAGCGAAGGAUGCCCCUUACAUGAUCCCCUCGAUGCACGGCGACCCGAACACGCCGUGGUUCGACCUCCCCGCCGCCAACUGGCUCCCGCACCUCGAACCCAAUUCCACGAAGCCGAUGAACCCCAGCAUGAUCAAGCCUCUGCAGCUCGCCCCGGGGCCAGCUGACAAGGCGCUCGCCAAAGCCGUCAAGGACCUCCUCGCGGAUGUCGAGAGACUUUACUCCAAAUCCGCUCCCCCUCAGCAGACCGACCAGGCGCCCACGGACUUCACCGAGAUGGGCGAACGCGUAGUUCUCGACGAGAUCACGGGCGAAGUCGUCGAUGGAGAGACGUACUACGGCUGGUCGCGUGGAUUCUGCACGAAGAUGAAGCAGCGCAAGCAGGGCAAGACGGGGGACGGUCGCGAUCGCGGACGCUCCAUCUCGCGAAGUCGCUCUCGCAGCUUCUCGCGAGGCCGAUCGAGCAGGAGCGACUCGCCGCCCGCCUUCAAGCGGCGCAGGCUCUCGCCAGAUUCCCGAAGUCCCAGCCGCAGCCGCAGCCGCAGCCGCGACCGUCGGCGCAGCCCUCCGCGCAGGGGCCGCUUCGAUUCCAGAGACUAUAGCCGGUCGAGAUCUAGAUCGAGGUCACGCUCGGUGUCCGGCUCCCGUAACCGCUACAGGUCUAGGUCACGAUCGGCAGAUCGGAGUGGGCGCCGGGACCGCGGCGACUCGAGCAGGUCACCCCUUCCACCCCACAGUCGCGGCCGAUACGAAUCUGUUCCGUACAAUCAGCCCCAGCCGCCGCCGCCGCCACCACCUCCAAAUCACCACACUCCGCCAGCUUUCCCGCCGUACCUUCCUCCACCUCCCAAUGCGGCCGUAGGGUUCGGACACUUCCCUCCGCCGCCGCCUCCGCCCCCUCAAGGCUUCCAGGGAACAUGGCCGCCCGCUCCUCCACAUUCUGUACCCUACAUGGGCAGUGCUCCUCGGGGUUGGGGUCCUCCCCCGCCCGGGCCCGGGGUGCCGCCGCCGCCUCCACCUAACAUGGGCGGAUGGGCUCCCCCUCCGCCGCCGCAGUCACAUAACCAGUUUCAACAGUACGGACGUGGAAACGGUGGGUACAGGGGCCGCGGAAGAGGAGGCUACGAUAGAGGCAGGGGCGGUUGGUAG